AUGGAGGUGGAAACGGAGGAUCAAACGCAGGGUGAUCACCCGAAUCAAGCGGAGGAGGAACAAAACCCUGUUAACCGCAAGGAUGAACAGGAUGACCACUUCGAGAGGGAGCACAACUUCCUCGACUUCGAAAACAUUCUACUAGACGUGAGGCUCAGGAAGGCAAUCCUUUACCUGUUCAAAUACAAGUACCCAACCAAAAUACAGAAGGAAGCCAUUCCACAUAUACUCCACGGGAAGGAUGUCAUCAUAAGUUCGAAAACUGGAUCAGGGAAAACCAUGGCCUACCUCAUCCCACUAGUACAGAACAUACUGAAGUCAAACAUAAAUGAAAAGGAGUCUUUAAAGUUUUUUUAUAAAGGAAUAAUUCUUGCUCCCACAGAAGAACUGUGCCUACAGAUACACCAAGUCGCACAGACAUUAAGCUCCUACGUGAAAAAUAUGUUGUCCUUUGAUCACAAUAUUAACAGAACGUUUUAUGACCAUCCAACUGUUUUAGUAACUACCCCUAGACAUCUGUACAACCACACUGUGGAGUGUAAAAAAAAGUAUAAUUUAGACAUAUUAUCUAACUUAAAAAUUCUUGUUGUAGAUGAAGCAGAUAUUUUGCAUAGCAAAGAAUUUCAAAAGUGGAUGAACCUUUUGGCUAGUUACCACUUACCAAAAAAUUAUUCCAAAAAAUAUCAAAUUGUCAUGGCAUCUGCUACACUCAAGGAGACGAUCGUGGAGAAGACAAAACUUUUUUUACAUGACCCUGUUUUUUUAAGUGCAGAAUUGGACAAAAGUAUAAGUCCCUCCACUUGCACCUCUGCUAAUGUAGAUUACCCAGAUGGCCACCAUAGUAAGGAUAGUUCCAACAGAGACAGUACUAAUGUACCCCUUAGAAGCGGCAAGUUGAGUGAUUCUUCUGAACCGUCCCAAUUGAAGGAACCCCUCCUACAUCAUCAAUUCAGAGGAAAAUCAUUUUGGUAUUUCUACCCUGAUGAAACGACCAAAUAUAUUUACCUGUACAACCUUAUAAAUGAUAAAAUAAUUUUGCGCAAGUCAAUUAUUUUUACUUCAACCAUUCAUGAUGCAUACAAGAUAAAGAUUUUUUUAACGUACUUUGAUAUACCUUCUUCCAUCCUUAACCCAAAUCACCCUAUUUUGGUAAGGCAGAAUAUCAUUUUCGCGUUCAACAAUUAUAAAAUCUUCUUUUUAAUAUGCCCUCAAUAUGAGAAAAAUUCUGCAGGGAGGGGGGGGAAGGCCGAUAUGAGUGACAUGGGUGACACGGGCGACACUGCAAGUGUUCACAGUGGAGGGGACACAGAUGAUAUGGACCUUUCGAUUAACCAUGACAGCAUCCCCCAUGAUGUGGAUACUGACGAGACAGGUCACGGCGAGGAAGACACAUGCAACCAGGACAUCGCGAGUCUCGACCAGGAUGAUGCGUGUGAACAGAACGACACGUGUGAGCAAGAUGAAGCGUGUGAGAAAGAUGAUGCGUGUGAGGAAGAUGAAGCGGGUCUCGACCAAGACGAUGCGAGCAACUUCGACGACCAUAGCAGUGAUGAGAAGGAUUUCUUGUACAACCGUGGGCUCGACUUCCAGGGAGUGCACUGCGUGGUUAACUUCGACAUGCCCCUGGACACAAAGACAUUCGUGCACCGAGUGGGAAGGACCUGCAGACUGAACAACAAGGGGAUCAGCAUUUCCUUCAUCAACGAAAAUAAAUCCGCAGAAAAAAACAUCCUCCAAAAAAUAUGCGCCAAAAAUAUAUGCACCAUAAGUCAGAGGACGGUGUCGCAAAAGAAGGUCGAGAUGUACAGGUACCGAGUAGAGUCCAUGCUUAGCAAAUGCACCAACAAAAGAGUGAAACAAUUUAUUCAAAAGGAAAUCCUCUAUCAAUCUUUGAAGUCUAAGGAGCUGAAAGAAUUUUUCAACUCCAAUGAAGAAGAGAAAAGGGCCAUCAACAAAGUUGUAAAAUAUUUUAAUACACAUGUCGUGCCACAUAAACUGAUUAAGGAUAGAUUGAAAAACUUAUUCUUGAAGAAGGAAAAGAAGAAGGGGGUCCAGAAAAAGGGGAUAAACAAAAAUGGGAAUGAAAGUGCAAAUAUAAGGAUGGAUAGGAAAAACAGGCAUCACAAUGGAAAGAGCAAUAGAAGAGAGGAUGAGAAAGGAGGAGCGCAACAGCACUAUGUUAAAAGUAAGAGCAACGGGUUCGUGAUCACUGAACAGGCAUAUGAGGAUCAGCUAAGAAAGGAACCAGAGGCAGAAGUGGCCGACCCAACCAAGCUUCCUCCUAUUUAUGGAAAGCGCUUGCGAAAUUAUGUUUACAGCAAGUACGUAAUCGGAAAACGGCGGAUGGGGGGAAGGGCCAAUAGUGGAAGGAACAAUAAUGGAGGGACCAGGAAUGGAGGAACUACAGGUGGAAGAUCGAACGGUGGAAGGUCAAAUGUUAGUGGAUCGCACAGACGGACCACGCAUAAUGGAAAGCCCAAUGGUGGCAAUUUCGCGCACAAGAAUAGGCGACACGGUAGUGCCACUACCCAAAAGGCCUAA